UGUUUGUUUGUCAUUUACUGUCAUUAUUAUGACACUGUUAUAACAUAACAUUAAUUUCUAAAAGUCGAAAACACGUACAGUAUUUUGUGUUUUGCAAUUAUAAUCGUCUUUUAAAACAAUUAUAUGUACCAUCUGAAUGUUUUACACUGAAAUGGAAGAUGAAUGAUGAUGAUAUUAACAAUUAUAUGCCCUCGCUUCUAAACCCAAGGGGAGUGAGAAAACUCGAUGGUGAUUUUUCUUUAACGCAGAAUUCCAUUGUAAGUCGAUCUUCUCUGUCGCUGAAAAGAAAUAGUGGAUUGAAACUUAAGCCGAAAAAACGGAUACACCCCUUAAAUAAGGAAAACUCGCCAAAUGUACAGAACUUGAUUUCUCAAUGCACUUUUACCAAAAGCGCAACCAAAGUAAAAGCAGCUGUAGAUAAAGAUAGUUUAGGAUUUUCAGCUAUCGACGAUAUUCAGAGCGAAGCGAAUCAUUUUGAUUCCUGCUCCCUCAGUGUCGUUGAAGCACCACUAGUUAAAGCGCCCGUUCGUCAAACAAGCUCUCGCUUGAUAUCCGUGUCUUCCAACACAGAAUUAGACCAAAAUGCACUGUUUGAGACCAAGAGUGAUGUCACAGUCAUUUACAAUGCCCUCAGUGAGAAACCCACAAUCUCAGUGUCCUUCGGCAUCGAUAACUGCCAAAGUGUAGACAUAAACUCCAAGAAAAGCGCCAUUAAGAGGGUACUAUUCUCACAUAAUAACGAUAAUACGCAAGUCGAUUGUGAAAUCAUCGAAGGUUCGAGUAGUUCGAAAGCGAGCACGGAAAGCGAAGACCUCGACGAAAACAUGAACGAACUUCUUAGUCCCAACUCACUAAAGAGGUCUGCCGUCACUGUCAAUUUGGAAAUUAAAAAGAAAAAAGCGUCAUCCACAGAGACAGCAGAAAACAAAGUUCUAAUUUUAAAUACAAGUGCCAUCGAGAAGAUUUCCCAUGUCAUCGUUCAACCACCAAAUUACAAAUUAGUGCAAGGGAAAAUUUUGGACAAAAGUAAAUUUAAAAGCGAUAGUAAAAGAAACUCAGUGAUUGGUUUCACCGUAAACAAUGGAAAAGUGCGUGAAAGACUGAAGCAGAAGCCUAUAGACAGUUUUUUCCCUAAACGUACUAAUGUUUUAAGUCUGAAAGUAUCGGAAGGUAGGAGCUUAGCUGAUCCUGUGUCUGACGUGAAGCCUCGAGUGAUUAAAAAUGGUGAUGAGGAGGUCAUGAGUAGGAAUUCGGGUGUUGUGGACGCCAUUAAAGCCGAGAGAAGUCGUAAGUCACCGUAUAAGGGGAGCCGAGUGGACAAUGAUGCGUCGAACAGGUCGACUCGGGUUCCCUCGCCGAGGCAGGAUGUGUCGCCGAGGGCCGACAUCAAGACGUGUUGCUCGUCGCCCCGCGGCAAGGACAGCCCUAGCUCCCACAGUCCGAGGAAGACAGUAGAGUCCAUUCACUUCAGUUUGCCCCCCAAGUCUGUGUCCACGAAGAGAUCUGUCUCGACUAGGAAUAUACCGCAUCACAAGAUCGUUGCAGGCACACAUUUUGCCGUGGACGCGUUUUCUUACGGCGAAAUACCAAACGUGAAGCAUUAUUUCCUGACGCAUUUCCAUUCGGACCAUUAUUCGGGCCUGAAGAAGGGCUUCAAUAAAUUGUUGUUCUGUUCGAAAAUCACUGCUGACCUUUGCAUAUCGCGGCUGGGCGUGAGUCCCAAGUGCAUCCACAUAAUUAAGAUAGACGAGACCAUUCGCAUUGACGGCGUCGAAGUCACAGCUGUCGAGGCUAAUCAUUGUCCCGGCGCGAUAAUGCUGGUGUUCACGCUACCCAACGGCAAGACGUUGCUACACACGGGCGACUUCCGAGCUUCGCCCAUCAUGGAGUCCUACCCAGUCUUCUGGAACAAAUACAUACACACCAUCUAUUUGGAUACCACAUAUUGCAACCCUCGCUACGACUUCCCCACACAAGAGCAGAGUCUCGAGAUGGCACUGUAUAUAUUGCGGCAGAAGAAAGUGGCGCUAGAGAAGGUCGGCAAGAAGUUCUCCUCGGUACUCAUCGUGUGCGGGACUUAUACUAUUGGCAAGGAGAAGUUCUUCCUGGGCAUGUCGCGGCGCGUGGGCUGCUCGGUGUGGGCGUGCCCGGAGAAGGACCGCGUGCUGCAGGCCGUGGAGGGCCGCAGCUUCAGCCACGCGCCGCCGCACUCCUGCCAGCUGCACGUCGUGCCCAUGCGGGACCUCACGCACGAGAAGCUGCGCAGUUACCUGGACAGCCUGAAGGGAGCGUUCAGCGAGAUCGUGGCGUUCAAGCCGAGCGGCUGGGAGAACGGCAAGUCCACUAGCGUCGAGCGGGACAUGGUCACCAUACAUGGUAUUCCAUACAGCGAGCACUCGAGUUUCUCGGAGCUGAUCCGGUUCGUGAAGUUCCUGAAGCCCAAGCAGGUCGUGCCCACCGUCGACAUCUCCGGCGGAGUACGGGCUGUGCAGAAAUACUUCCCGUGCCCGCUGGUGCACAAAGAAGAGAUUCAGUGCCAGAGCAAGGUGACGGACUUCUUCAGCAUACAGAACCAACAGCAGGUCCCGGCCGUCACCUGAACCUUAGAUGUGUCUUGUAUGAUAUUACACUAAGCUGCCAUUUCUUCACCAGUCUGUGAUUUUUUGAUAUGAUAUUGUAUACUAGGUUACUAUUUAUAAAACGUUGAUUGAUUUCUAUUAAAAAACGAUUUGAAUAAG